AGCCAACAGGAAAAGAGAAGUGGGGGGAGGUUCAAACAGGAAAGGAUGUAUCGGGAAUUAGUUGGAACAAAACUGGUAAAAUGUGCCUUAUGUUGCUGAAGUGAAAAUUAGGAACCAGCAAGGCUGGGAGGUAGGUGUACUCUCUCUCAGACUUUUUGUUUGUGUGUUUUGAUUCAGUUCUGUGGCUCUCAUGGGGCCGACCCUAUCAUUAGGCAGAGUGAGGUGUUUACUUCAGAACAAGGGCAACAAAUUGUUAGCUAUUCUAAUUUUGUUGUUGUAUUUUGACUGUCGGGAAGAGGCACUUGUGAGAUUUUUCUGCCUCAAGUGCCAACAUAACUUUCCCUACUAUGGUCCUUUGACCUUAACGUGGGUUUGGGGUGAGGCACCAUUUGGCGUUCUGCUUCAACUAGCAAAAUGUCUUGGGCUGGCCCUCUCUGCGGCUAUUUCAGAUACUGGGCAACUAACGCAGCUUUUUGCAGGAAGACUGAACGCAUGAGAAGAGAAGAGAAGAGAAGAGAAGGGGAUUAGUCUGUAAAAUAAAAUAGUUGUGGUGCUGGGUGUGUGGGUGUGGGUGUGGGUGUGGAAUGGCAAACUGAUGUAAAACUCAGCUUUUCAGGAAUUUGCACAGGAUAGAUUAUUUUCUCUUCCUAGAAUAUGAAAUCCAAUGAACCCUUAAGUCCUAAGUCAUUCCCCCCCCACUUCCAUAUGCACACUUUACACUGUCUUUCCCCCUAUCCAUGUAGGUCUAAAUGACAGCUGGUGUAGUUUGGGGGUUAACAGAAUGAAUUCUGAAUGACAACUGUAAACAAGAGCUUCCCAGCUGGUGUCUACCAUGGGUGUGCAAAGUGGGGGCCAUUUUAUAAUUAAGGAGAAGCAGCGGGAGGGGGCAAUUUACUAUUGAAAGUUUAUUUCCCUGGCUGUAGGUUAAUAAGGGGGAAAAGGGAAUACGGCAGCCGGGAAAGGAUGAAACAGCCCCUCCCCCCCAUCUCCUGCUUCUUCCCUCCAAAUGCACCCCAGCAAAUCCUUGGCAAUUGAUGGCAUCCAUUUAGUUGGGUUUCUGGUGUUUGCUGCUGAAAAGCAGUUCUCUUAUGGGUGCAGGAUGGGGUGCCAUAAAUAGGAAUAUGGUUAUGAGCCUUGGCUGUAUCUCUCCUUUUCCUUUGAUUCCAGAGAGACAGCAGAAGUCUAAUUUUUUUUAUCUGGGAGCAAUGAUUAAUUGGAUCUGGAUUAACAAGCUGAGGUUUAAUCAUGUAAAGACAGAGAGGUGCAACAGGAGAACUAAUCUAGGAUCAGCUGCGCAGCCUGUUCUGGAUGGGGGCUGCUUACUUUAAAAUAUACGGGGCUUCUUGAAAGAUCAGCGGCUUAAGGGUCUCCUGGAUCCUGCCUUGGUCCUGGGUGGUCAGGUGGCAACUAUAACUAGGACUGUGUCCAUACUCCCAUCCGGUCCAGUGUGAUCCCAGCACUACUUUGGGAAGAUGUGCACCCACAAUGUUAGCAACAACCCAUAUCCUGUAUCAUAUGAAAUACUGCAUUUUUAUGUGUUUCCUCCAAACCAGCUUUGAUCCAAAGAAGAUUAAGAAGAACCACCACCCAUUAUUAUUAUUAAUGAAUUUUAACCAUUUUAAUUUUACCUUUAUUAAUUCCCCACAUCAUUACUCCAUACUGAAUAAUACUAAAUUAUUCCAUCCAUGUCCAUAGUCCCUCCGCUAAGAUCACACAUUGGACCAGUAUUCUAUUUUUGUUUCUCAUUAUAUAUCUGCUUGUUCAUAUCCAGAUCCAUAUGUUCAGCUCCGUGUCCUGUUGUGUUUACAAUGGUAUCCCAAUCUCCACCUCUUAGACCUUCCAUUUUUAUUUUCCCCAGUCUUUUUCCAGAGAUAGCGCCAUGGUUUUAAUAGCAACAUUCUCUUAAUUCACUCCAGAUUGUAUGCAAAGUACUUUCUCUCUGCUAAAACUAAAAAUGGCCAGGAAUGAAGACUGAAAGCUUUUUUUCUGCUCUUCACUUCAUCAACACUAUAUCCAGAUAGUUAUCCAAAUCAUUUGUGACUUUAUCUUCUACUUCUCCUCUAAAUCCUUGUAUGGAGGUCAUCUCCAUUUCCCUUUCCCUUUCCACAUGACCACCAGGUUCCUUCCAUUUGAUCAUUUCUUGAUCUAGUCCUGCCAACUUUUCAUCAGUUUGGUCUGGAGCCUCUGUGUAUUCCCCAUUUCCAUUUUCUGCCUCAUAUUCCUCUGACUCCUUUUAUCCAUUAUCAUCUGGUUCAUUUUCUUCAUUUUCAUCAAACAUUGAUCAGAUCAUUUUUAAUUGUUCAGCCAUCAAUUGCUGAACAAUACCAGCAGUCACUGAUUGAUCCAAAGGUACCUUCACCAUAUUAGAUGCUUUUAAUGUUUUUGUUAUUAUUAGCCACUCAAUCCACCUUAAUAUAGCCUGCUUAAAAACUAUAGUCUUGGACUUCUGCAGCUGUGACUGUUAUCUAGAAACAAAUUCUUUUUCUCAUGAGAGACAUUUUCUUGAGUUCUUUAGUGGAAGUGGUAGCUCAGUCUCAUAGCCACAAUACUAUAUCACGUCAGCGACACCAACAGAGUUUGUGUGGUAAUUUGCUUUUUAUAGAGCUGGUAGUACCUGAAAAAGAUGGAGUCCUCAGUAGCAACAGGAGAAGAACAAUUUGGCACAUCUGUUUCUGAGUAUGAUGCUGUCACAGAGGGAAAGAAUCCUUGCAUCUCUCCCUCACACCUGCAACCCAAGCAGAAAACCAGCUGGGAAGAGAACGCCGAGCUACUGGGAGAGAGCACCUCUCCUUGCAAGCUUGUGCCUUUGUCCAAUGUGAAUGAGAGAAUUGCAUUGCAGCAGCAGCAGCAAAAAGGUAAGGCCUGUUAACGUCCUCCAGUUGUUUCGCCUCUCCUCAACCCUCAAACAUACAAUAAUAACAAUAAUAAUAAUAAUAAAAUUAAUUUUUUUUCCCCAGUAGCACCUUAGAGACCAACUAAGUUUGUUAUUGGUAUGAGCUUUUGUGUGCAUGCACACUUCUUCAGAUACCUGAAGAAGAAGAAAAGUUCAAUCUGCUUCAAUACUCAUAUGUUGCCAGUGAAACUAUGUCAAUUAUGGUAGCAUUGCAGUCUAAAAGGGAAAAUCACAGGGGUAACGUUGUAUUAUUUAUUUGGUUUUGUUCUUAGAAAAAGGAGUGUCUCAAUUGAAGUUCUGUUAAGUAAGGGGAUAAUUUGCAUUCAUGAAUGCAUUCAGCUUGCAUUCAACUGGCUGUGGUUCAGGAGAUUACUCUGCAUGCUUCAUUACUUAAAUUCCCAGUGUUUCUGCUCAUAAUAUUAUUCAACACAUUUUUAACAAUGGAAUAUUUCUGCUAUACAUGAUGAAAAUAUCUUUUUGACAUUUCUGAUGUUUUAGAUAGGUACAAUUACUUGGAAGUAAGUUCCAUAGUAAGGGACGCGGGUGGCGCUGUGGGUAAAACCUCAGUGCCUAGGGCUUGCCGAUCGCAUGGUCGGCGGUUCGAAUCCCCGCAGCGGGGUGAGCUCCCGUUGCUUGGUCCCUGCUCCUGCCCACCUAGCAGUUCGAAAGCACCCUUAAGUGCAAGUAGAUAAAUAGGUACCGCUUUAUAGCGGGAAGGUAAACGGCAUUUCCGUGUGCUGCGCUGGUGCUGGCUCGCCAGAGCAGCUUCGUCACGCUGGCCAUGUGACCCGGAAGUGUCUCCGGACAGCGCUGGCCCCCGGCCUCUUAAGUGAGAUGGGCGCACAACCCUAGAGUCGGACACGACUGGCCCGUACGGGCAGGGGUACCUUUACCUUUUUAAGUUCCAUAGCGGUACUUACUUCUGAGUUAAUAUGCAUAGAACUGUACUACUGUUGGUAUUCUAAUUUUUACCACAUUUAUUUAUUUAUAUUUAGUAUAUAUAGUAUAGUCUUUAUUCCUUGUCUUUCAUAAUAAAAAAGUGAAAUACUGCAAAUAUUCACAUAUCCUUUUGCAAAAGGAAGAGGCAUCUGCAAGCCACUGCCAAUCAAAGUAGACAGUUCUAAGCUAGAUGAAGUAAUCUGACUUCAGUAUAAGGUAGGUUAAUCAUAUGUUCAUAUUUACAGUCUACCCAACACAUAUUUUCAGAUUUACCCCUGAAGAUAACCAUGGUAAGAUGUAAGACUGGGCUUCCUGACUCUCAGCUGCAGGGUUAUCUGAGAGGACGACUUCGUCUUCUGGAAAACGAUGACAAAAAAGCCAGGGCAGUUUUCUGUGUAAGUCAUUUACAACCAGUUAUUAUCCACAAUUGCCUUCAGUGCCACAAAAUUAAGCUUCCAGGAUCUAUAAUAAGCCAUGGGAAUUGGUUUUGCACAGCCUGCUAUCCUUCGUGUAGAAAAUAUGGCUGGGCAUCCCUGUCUCUGUUACCUGCAAAGCACAAAAUGGUCACAACUUAAGGGGGCAAUAAUUUUAGCUCUGUAGCUGAAGUCAACCUUAUUUCUUGAUGCUUUAUGAUAAAGCAAAGCUGUCAACUUGGCUGCCAACGCUUAGAAUGCUAUAAAGCUGAAAUAACAGCACCUGCUGUAUUCUCAGGCCAGUUAUAGUAUUCAUCUUUGAAAGCCCUAAAUGGCCUGAGAGGAGGGAUAUUCACAGGACCACUUGCUGCUUUCAGGCGCCUGGCACAGAUAGGAAUCUCUUUCCGCCCACUUUGCUUCCCAGGAGGCGUUUCCACCCCCUCCCCACUUUCCUCACAAUUCAACCCAAGAAGGAUUAUUGCGAUGUGCCAUCUGAUCAGACGAGCGACAGGAAGGUCGUCUCUGGAUGAAGAUUAGCUCCACCCCACCCCACCCCCGCAGUCCUGCUCUCCCCCCCCCUCUCAGCUGCUCCCCCGUCAGCUGAGCCACACAAGGGGAAUUGCAGGGAAAGGAAAGUUUAAACCUUCCCUCCCCCUGCCAUCAUUCUGAUGCAUCCCCACCACCGCUGCUAUUAAGUUUAAUAGUAGCAAGGGACCCAAUUAUCAUGGGGAAAUGCAGGGGAAGGGAUAUUUAACCAGGCAAGAGGUCUGGGAGAGAAAGAGUGUAAAGUACUGCUAAUCCUUCCCACUGCCAUUUCUGGCUCAGUCCACUGCUGAAAGAUUAGUCCAAGUCCAAGUCCAGCCUUCUUUGCCUCUGCUGGUUAAAACUUUCCUUCCUCUUCACUGCCCCUUGUGCUGCUCAGCUGAGUGGAGCAUCCAGGUCAGGUUGGUGAGAAGGGACCUGGACAGCAGACAAAAUUUAGGAUUUAUCUAGAGGGCCCCCACUUCUUUUUCCUGCAGCUUGGCUGGGUAUGUUGUGGCCCAUGUAAGAUCAUAGAUUGGCACUGAAGCAGCCCAGGGAGUGCAGAUUGCACACUUCUGAACAAGAAAUAGAAAAUGGCAGUUUAUAAGGUGCUACUGGACAAUAUUUUAUUUAUUUUUAUUUUUAUUCCCUUUGGAUAUUAUGCAUCAUAUCUGGAGAAUGUAUAAAACUCAGUAAAUAUAUGCUCAUUUCCCAAGACCUGUUGGAAAUUAGGUAUAUUGACUGGGAAUAUGGAAUUCUCUCUUCACGAAAGGUUUGUUUGUUUCAUACAAUUUAUAUACCACUUGAUUAUAAAAUAAAAAAUAAAAAAAAUCUCAAAGCAAUUUACAAAACAAUACAAUGAUCAGUAAAAAAACAGUUAAAAAUUAUUUAAAAUGUUCAAAUUAAUUAAAACAGCAAUAAGCUAAAAAUGGAUUAGAACAUAUGUGAACAUUCUGCAUAUCUGGUUAGUCUUUGUCUAAACAAAAAUGUUUUUAGUAGGCACUGAGAAAAGUACAAUGAAGGUGCUUGCCUGAUGUCAGUAGGCAGGGCGUCUCAAAUUGUGAGUGCUGGCACGCUGAAAGAUUGAUUUCUUUCGAACACUGAACAAUUAUUAUGUGGCACCUGUAGCAGUGCCAGUUCCGCAAAUCGAAAUGGUCUGGUGGCAGAUAUGGCAUAAGGUGAUCUCAAAGAUAAACUCGCAGGAUUAUGUGCACAUUCUCUGAAACCUGGUGACUCUGCACAAUGGCCAGUUGUGUACAUUGACCACUCAACUUACAUUCCUAUUAACACAUGCAGGGCUUUUCUUUCCAGCUGGAACUCACCAGAACCGAGUUCUGGCACCUCUUUUUCUAGGAAAAAAGCCCUAGUUGCAAAAUACAUGUGUGCUUUUUUGCUUUACUCGGUCCAGCUGGGUUUCUCUUUCUCACUCCAAUCACUAAUGUAGCUUCCGCAGGUCUGUUUCUCUUGGGGCAAACCUGUGGUUUAAUUAUUUCCACCAUGGUUUUUUCUCUUUUAGCUCAAAUAUGAUUUAACUGGUUCCUUCCAUAGGACUCACAUAUAUGUAUUGUCUUCAUCUGUAUUGGAACUGUUUUUAAAUAUAUAUAUAUUUUAAAGAUGUUGCAACGAAUUUGUAUUGUUUCAUCACUUGUUCGCUGCCCUAGGCUCCCUUGGGAGGAAGGACAGGAUAUAAAUUUAAUCAAAAGCAACAAUCAGCAACACAUGGGUGUUUUUGCCUUUCUUAGGAGUUGUCUGCCAGGCUGCUGUCCAUUCACAGUGAAGACCAACUAAUAGUGGUGACAUUUUGGACCUUUGAAGAAAUCUGGAAGUUUGUAACUUAUUAUUCCCUUGGUAAAGCACUUCUGCCUAUAGGAAAGUUAAGAUUUUUUGUGAUUGUUGCUAUUGUAAAUAUAAGUCCUCACAGUACAUUUCUUCAUAGUAAGAAAUAUAAACCAGCUUUUUUCAAUGCUUGCUAUUUUUUCUGCUUUCUUUUUUGGACACAUGCUGUUUGAUUUUUACAGGUACCAAAGGGCUUGAAAAUGGAAGGGUUUUCAACAUCUUUACUCAUUACUCAAAGUGAAAACACUUGUAAGGAUGAAAUAUUUAUCAGCAUAGCUUCCACUAGAUAAAACUGAGGGCUGUAAACUCUCCAUUUCUGUUUGGCUGAAGAUGGGUGUCAUAAACUAAAAGUACAUAAUUGAGCACUAUGAUGACGAUGACAAUGAUAUUUUAUUUAUUUUAUUUUAUUUUAUUAUACCCUGCCCUUCAUCUGUAGAUCUCAGGGUGGUUCACAACAUAAAAUUACAAAAUAAAAAGCACAAAGUACAUAAUAAAAGUAAGAACAAAAAACAAACUAACAGUCCCCCAUCCAACAACACAUUUAAUAGGGCACUGGGUGUUAAUAAGCCAAAGGCCUGAUUGAAGAGGAACAUUAUUGCCUGGCGCCUAAAGGUGUAUAAUGAAGGCGCCAGGCGAACUUCACUGGGGAGAGCAUUCCACAGACAGGGAGCCACUGCAGGGAAGGCCCCGUUCUCACGUUGCCACCCUCCGGACCUAUCGUGGAGGAAGCUCAUGAAGGAGGGUCUCAGAUGAUGAUCUCAGGGUCCAGGUAGAUUCAUAUGGAAAGAGGCAGUCCUUGAGGUAUUGUGGUCCUGAGCCAUUUUAAGCCUUUAUAGGUCAGAACCAGCACUUUGAAUUGGGCCCGAAAACUAAUUGUCAGCUACUGUAGUCCAGCCAGGAUCGGUGUAAUGUGCCUGAACCAUUUUGCUCCAGUAAUCAAUCUGGCUGCCAAAUUCUGCACCAGCUGAAGUUUCUGAACCAUCUUCAGAGGCAGCCCUACGUAUAACAUGCUGCAGUAAUCUAACUUUGAGGUUACCAGAGCGUAGAGCAAAUAGUUUUUAUUCUCCAUGCUUGCUUUCAAGUCCUUUUUCUUUAGUUUUAAAAAGUUUGUUUCAUCUCUGUUACGACAAAUGAACUGAAUUCAGAAAUGCAUAAAAAGUAGGUUACAUGCACGGCCCUCUUGCCCUAGUUUUCAAAAUCAGCCCCCUAAAGGGUUCAUAUCAUUGAGGGUGGGCAGAAUUAGUUUAUGGAUGAAAGGGGUUCAAAUAACCUUUGCUGUCUUUGCUUCCAAAAGGUUAUAGCAGACGCAAACACUAUGCAGAUUAGAAAAAAACAUUAUCAAUCUUAUUCCCAGCGAAAACAUGCCCUGGCCAGGAUAUUUUAUUUCUAGGCCACCUUUUAAGGCAAAGAUCUCGCAAGACAGUUCACAUAAAACUGUUACAAAAUGAUAAGAUGCAUUUCAAUAAAAAAAACAGCAAUCUAAAACAGUGAUCUUGGAACUACUCACAGGUCAGCUACACCUUGUUACCUGCCCUUGUUUCUGCUAUUACCGGCUUUAUGAAAAAGGGACUUUUAAAAAAACCCCACUUACACUGAAAAAAUUUCUUCGGCAGGUUUUUUAAAUCAUUGUAUGGAGAAUCUGUUGCUAGAUGAUUAUUUCUGGCUCUCUUCAUCAGAGGAAUCAGUUGGAAUUGAUGUUAGUCUUGAUGAGGAAUGUCUUGGUAUGAUAUACAGAGGCCUAUUAAUUCAAGAAGGUACUGAGUUUGUAUUAGUAAUUGUCCGGAAAUACUAAAUAUUCAUGGAGUUAAAUUACAUGAUGAUCUUUGGGAACAAAUGUUGAAUAUUCCAUAUUACAAAAUGCCGCGGUGUGGGGGCCCCUCUCAGUAGAAGGAGGAGCUUCCAGCCAGGGGUCCAACUCUUCAGGGCAAGGGGGUUAGUGGAAAAAGGGGAAAAACAUUUCCCUGCCUGGUUUUCCUGAAACCCCUGUUUGCCCAGGACUUGAUAGUGGGGUGGGAGAGCUAAAAAUAAUGCCAAUAUAUUUCACAUCCAGCAACCAGUGCACCCCAUUGGUUUCAGAUAGUACAUGAGUAGUGGAAGACAGGAGUGCCUGGCGUGCUCUGCUCCAUGGGGUCACGAAGAGUCGGACACGACUAACAACAACAGAUGAGUCUAAAGAGCCUGGGAUACAAAUUUUCACGGCCCUCUAGUGGCUAUGGUGGCUCAUUUACCCAGAAGUAAUGUAUUUACGCAGGUGGCGCUGUGGGUUAAACCACAGAGCCUAGAACUUGCCGAUCAGAAGGUUGGCGGUUCGAAUCCCCGUGACGGGGUGAGCUCCUGUUGCUCGGUCCCUGUUCCUGCCAACCUAGCAGUUCGAAAGCACGUCAAAGUGCAAGUAGAUAAAUAGGUCCCGCUCCGGCGGGAAGGUAAACAGCGUUUCCGUGCGCUGCUCUGGUUCGCCAGAAGCAGCUUAAUCAUGCUGGCCACAUGACCUAGAAGCUGUACGCCGGCUCCCUCGGCCAAUAAAGCAAGAUGAGCGCCGCAACCCCAGAGUCGGUCACGACUGGACCUAAUGGUCAGGGGUACCUUUACCUUUACCUGGAAGCAUAUACUUGAUUCUGACCAAACUAAGCCUUCUAGAGCACAAUAUACAUCAGGAUCACACACCCCACACACCAAAAACCCAACAACCCAUAGAACCACAGAAUCAUAGAAUUUUAGAGUUGGAAGGAGUCCACCAAAGGUCAUCUAGUCCAACCCCCUGCAAAUACGACCAUAAAACCUUCAUCACCACCCCUUAUUUGAUUUAACAGCAUCAAACAUAAAAGAACAGACAAUGGUCAGAGUGUACUUCAUGUUUCAGAGAGAGAAACGCCCAUCCCACAGGGUCUGGGUUGGCUCAUUUGGGGUUCAUUUUAUGUGGCUCAUGUUAAAAUGACUGCAAAAAUACUUGAUAUGUUUUCAAAUACAGCUUUUUUCUUAAGGUACCUUCUUUGUAUAUCAUAAUGAAAACGUAAGUGAGAGAAGAGCUGCAGACGCUGGAGUCGGAAUUCACCAGCUGAAUUGGUCCGCUACUGAGAAAGCUCCUGAAGAAACGGGGGGAAACCUCGCUAAGGGCUUGCCAGAGCCCCUGAUCCCGUUCCAUCAGUAGGUCUCCGAACUUAACUUUCAGUUCCACCUGUGUGUGCACGUGUAUUUGCAAAUAUACACCAAAUGACUGUUCUGUAAUAAAAGUACAUGCUCAUUUCUUCAUAUUUUCCUCCCAGUUUUACAGCAGAUGGAGAAGGAUUAAUAUUUAAAUGUUUUGAUGUCUAGUGAAAGUGACAGCAUUUUCUAUGCAUGGCAAGAAUUGUUAUCUCCUUGAACGUAUGCCAUAUCCAACCUGCACACAAAAUAUAGCCAUUUGUCAAAAAAGAAAAAGAAAAAGAAAAAAUUGGCCAGCUUACCAUACAAAACAAACAUGUGAAAAGAGUGUGCAACGGCAGAGGUGUUCAGAAGACACAGACGCCCUGGAUUUGUUCAAGGAAUGUUUGAGGGCAGCAGUAAGAUCACGUGGGCCCUUCCACGUUGACACAUGACUCUUGGCCAUGCAUGCAGCACCAGCAUGAAGAGGGCAGAAUUCCACCUUCCUUCUGAAUGCACAGCCUUCCAUGUGUGGUCACUCACUGCAGACAAGCAUGGCUUGCAGGCAUGUUCCAAAUGCCAUCUCAAGAAUUCACUGAAUGCAACAGGGAAUUGUUUUGCAUAGCCCUGAUGUUGCUUUGCUUUUUUAAUUGAUGGCUUCCGAUGAUGAAAUGAGCGGUCUUGAAAGCUCUGCCAUUUUCCAUUUGGAAUAAACAUUGCUAUAUAGAAUAGUGCGUAGGGCUUUAGGUUAUCAUCUUUAUAUACUAAAAACUAAGUGUAACAUUUCACAGUGAAUAUUUUAACAUAGCUCUCUUGCAAAUCUAAAUUUAGCAACAGCAGUUAGAUAAUAUAUAUAAGCAGCCACAAUCCAGCAGAGUUAAGUGUGCCUUGAACAGUGGUGUUUUGCAUCACCAGGAAACUGUAUUAAUAUGCUCCAUCAUUUCUCUACAUUUCUGCCUUUGGUGCAGUUUCCCUUUCUUAUAACCAAAUGAGCACUGAAAUUGACCUGAUGUUAAAAUUGCUAUUACUGUUAUGGCAGGCCAAGCUAAUUUCCUUGAACCUUUCCCAUGCUAGAUGGUUUCUGAAAGAAAACACAGACUCUGCUGAUUUUGCUGUAAGAAAUGAAUCUGCAGCCACAGAUCAAAUAGGUAAGUAACUGCUAUUAAGACAGAAGUUGUAAUAGUUCUGAUGAGUUGUGACAAGAACGGAAAUGAGAAAACUCCAUUUUGUGCCUUGCAGUUCGAAAGCACCUUAAAGUGCAAAUAGAUAAAUAGGUCCCGCUCUGGCGGGAAGGUAAACGGCGUUUCUGUGCGCUGCUCUGGUUUACCAGAAGUGGCUUAGUCAUUUCUCUCAGGCCUUGAGAAUCAGCAACCAGCUGUGCCCAUAGCAAUGCUGGAGGUGGGAUUCCCCUGUAAAAGGAGACUAUACUACAGAAGAAAGCGGUGGGUGGGGAGAGCAGACUGACCAAGGAAGUCUCAAUCAGCUCCACUCCCAGGCGCUGCCCAGAGAAGCCAGAGCCCUGUCUCUGAUUGGUUCCCUGGUUUGGGAAGCCCCUUCCCCACAGCCAGGCAAACCAUAUGGGGAAAGACUGUGGUCCCUCCUAGCACUGUGUGCUGCUGCAAACUGGACUCACUGGUAAGUUGGGAAUUUAUACUGACAAAAACGGAAUGGCAGACAAAAUUAUCUGAGUAUGCUGAGAUGGCAAGAUUGACAGGGAAAGCUUAGGAAUCAAGAAGAUCAACAAUUUAACAGAGAAUGGGAUAAAUACAGACGAUAUUUAAAAGAUCACUGUAAACAUGUAAAAUCUUUGGCAGGCUUUGAAUGACUCCUGCAAUGUGAUAUAAUUCUUGGACGUAUUGGAUAACUGCAAAAUAGAUGCUGUUUAAUAUGCAGUUGAUAUAGAAAUGUAGAGAGCCCAGGUUGGGAAGGAGGGAAGUCUCAAUACAGGAAUAAAUUUACCUUAUUCCCAACGUUUUUUUACUUCUUUUAUUUACACUACUGAUGGAGAGUUACAACUGUGAUUCAUUGCAUAAAAUCAAUAAAGAUUAAAUAAAAAAUAAAAAGUUGGGAAUUUGACCUUGUGGCAAUGCCUAUGCUUUGAAACCAGUUUGCCCAGGACAACCAGCCAUGUUGCAUCAUUGUUUAUCAUAGGAGGCCCCCAGGCGGUUUUGCCUUUGCCCCACUGCUUUCCCCCAGGAAAUCCACUCUUUAGCAAUAAACCAGAACAAACAGCAAUCACAGAAAACCCAGUUGUGUUUGUUCCGAUUCAGCACUAAACUGCAGGUUUUCCCGGGGAAAGUAGCAUGGCAAGUGGAAGUGUGAAUAAGCCCUAUAUCAACGCUGUGAAGCUGGCUUGGGUGUUUUAUACUUUGUGUUGGUGUGUUGCAUAUUUAUAUAGUUUUGUUGUCUGUCUGUCCUCUAUCAUUGCUUGGUUCUCCCCCUUCCACUUCUUCUCAUAGCAACCCUCAGGUUUUGAGGUACUAUUGUCCAAGUCACACAGUGAGCUUCAAGGCUGAACUGGCCCUAACCAGUCCUAGGCUGUGUCGUGAUUCAGAUAGGGACAUGAUCCACCUGCUCUCAGCAGCCAGAAACACCAUAACCAGACACUGGAGAGACCUGUCAGGAGUAAGCAUGGACCAAUGGUACCAAAUAGUAUGGGAAACAGCCCUACUAGAAAAAUUAACUAAUAAACUGAAACUGACACAGGGACAAACAGAAGAAGACGCCUUCACCCCGGUAUGGCUCCCCUGUAUCACAUACACAGCCCAACAGGACAAUGACAAUAAUCCACCAACAGCAUACAAAUCAAUAUGGCUAACCUGAUCCAAAACACCCACCCACCUCACUCACACACGAAAACAAAGAUCACCACAGCCAAUCACAAGCAAACAAUCACACCCUAGGCCAACCCCAACCUCUCUCACCACCAAAGGAACACAAGUGAACAACACAAGCAACGCUGACACCAAACUCUACAUACAUUAAACAUAAUAGAAACACCGCCACCUGACCCCACCCCCAUCCAUCUUCCCUCUCUCCACCCCCCUUUCUUUUUUCUUUCUUUUUUCUUCUCCCCCUAAUGCCUCAACAAAUGAAACGGAUUUGUAAAAAUGUUACAUGAAAAAAAAAAUACGAGGCACUACACUUCUGUAAAACAAGAAAAUCCUUAAUAAAAUAUUAAAAAAAAAAAAAGAUAGGGACAUGAUCUCACAAAUGGGUCAUUCAGAUCCAAUAUUAUUGGGGCCUGAUUGAUACAUGAGGGUCCACACGCUCCCAUUUUUCACUCUGCAUAUUAAUUGUUAUUCCCCUGCUUGCUAUCCACAUCACUGGAGAAAAUAUCCUCUGUCUUUUGUUUUAUUUAUGUUUUGUCCCUCCCCGUCCCUCACUCUCCUCAGGAAAACCUGUUCUUUAAUGCUGAAUCAGAACAAAUGGCAAUUUGGGUUUUCUGCAGUUUGCCAUUUGACAUUUUCUGGAGGUUGCCAUUUGGGUUUUCGCGGGGAAAGCACGGGGGGGGGCACGAGUGCUCAGACAAGGAGCUUUAAAGCGAGAAACAUGGCAUGAAAGGAAGUCUGGACAAGCUCUAAGUUUCUAGCAUUAAACCGCAGCUUGCUUGGCUUUUAAACAAUAUAUUUGCACAAUUCUGAUUUAAGAGAAUUCUGCAGGAUUUGUAAGAAUUAAAACAAUUUGAGGCUUCUUAGUUCUCUGAAUAGGGUGCGUGCAUGUGCCAAAUGUCCUGUAAAAUCAGACAAUUCCUCUCUCCCAGCCAUCUCCAAACAACACCUAACUUAGAACAGCUCAGGAACAUUGUGCUGCUGAGAAUGGGGAGGGGAAUCAAAUCACUUAGAUCAUAUGGGAAGAUGAGCAGGUGAAUGAAUCCUGGGUGUGUUAGCUGACAUUUUGGGGUCUUUUAAUAGUGUUGCCUAAGUAGAUACGGGAACAAAGUUGACUUCUGGGUUUGUUGGAGGGUCUGGUCUCUGUGUUUUUAUCUCUGAUAUAUGGCCUGUUGUUGCUGGUGUGAGUAACUACUUUAGUCCACAUUGGGGCAGGGGGAUCCCUACUUAUCAUUACUGUGAGUCCCUUCUCACCACCUGCAAAUGCUGCUGUUUGCUGUAACUGAGAAUGGCUGUGCUGAUACUAGAGUGGCUGGGGAAACCCAGCCAGGUGGGCAGGGUAUAAAUAAUAAAUUAUUAUUAUUAUUAUUAUUAUUAUUAUUAUUAUUAGUCACCUGUAGCAUCCAAUUAUGGCAUGCAGCAAGUCCCACUCAACCCAACUAAAUCACCUCUUUCCUCUUUGUUACAUCAAAAUCUAUUUACUCUUAUUUCUCAUGUGACUUGUAAUACUAAAAGUAAUGAUGUUGACAACAUAUUGCCUUGAUACCUUAUUUUAAAUAAGUUACUGUAUUUCCCAAUUCUUUGUUAUUCAGCCACAGGAUUUUCUGUAGCAAUUGUUAGCCACGAAAGUGCUGUGCCUGAGGAAAUUGGCUUCCAGAAAGGAGACAGAAUUGAAAUUAUUGGCUACUUUAUGAAAUGCAUGAAGUGGUUUGUGGGAAGACAUGCCCCUACUGGCCAAGUUGGUUUUGUGCAGAGUAGCCAUGUCAAACCUGAUGACUUCGAAACGACUGCAGCAGAGUAAGUACUAUGGAUGACCAUAAAGCCAGGCAGUUACUCUAUCCACCAACAAAUUCCACUUUUAGGAAUGUUUCUACUGCUGUGCAUCGGAGGUCAUGAAUGCACAUCUUUUACUCCAAAAUUGGGCAUUAGAACAUAGAACUCAAAAGCUUUCUAGCUAACUAUAUUGCAGUAAACACAGGGAUAUUCUGUUCUCCAGUUAUACUUACUGCUCUCAAAGGCUAGAAGUGACUUCCAUUCAUGGGCGUAGCCAGGAUUUAUGUUAGUGGGGAGCAGAACCUCAGUUAGUUAAGUAUGUUUAUUGAUUUACUUGAUUUGGGGGGAGCAGCUGCCCCUCUGCCCCCCCCGGCUAUGCCCACUAGGUAUGUUUACUUGAGGAAAACUAGAGAGAAUUUUGGAAUAAUAGCUAUUUCCAAGUGGCAGUUGAGACUGGAAGCCUUCAAGCACAGAACUGACAGGUUAGCUCAAAGCAGUGCAGUAUGCGAGAUGCAGGAUCAUUAUCCCUGGCUUUGGCUUUGGUUUUGGUGCUCUUGUUGCAUGCUUAGGGCUUCCACAGCCAAAACAGCAUCUUCAACACCCAGCACAACACUCUGCCCCAUUCACUUUCUUCCUUUCUGACAGCCUCUACUUUCUGAAGGCCAAAUGUAUAAGUUUUCCCCCCUUGUUUGACUGCUCCUCUUGUUCAUAGCCAAGGACAGAUUAAGGUAGUUGAGGGCUCAGGCACCCUUCCCAAAAUAGCCUCCCCCAGGAACACAUGAAACAAGCAACCACAAAAUAAGUAUUGUAGUAUCUUUCACAGUUUCACAAGUCCCAGCAAACCCUCCCCCAUUUAUUUUUAAUUUUUGCCAACCUUGACAUGCAAAAAUAAGACACUCUGAGCAUGUGCAAUUUCACGUUUUAAACACCCUAAAUUCAUCAUUGUGUUUGCUCACUUCCAGCCUUUCGGUUUGGGGGCGGCUCAGGGGCGACUUAAACGACCCCCGUGGGCCUUAGGUUGCCUACCUCUGUCCUAACUCCUCUGUGUCGUGUGCUUCCUUCAGACCACCAUGCCUGGCUUUCUUUGAAGAGGAGCAUUCUAUUUCUGCAGAAGAAACUGCCCUUUUGGAAGAAAAUGUGGUGAAUCUCUUGGGACAAACAUCACAUUAUAACAUUUGCAAUUUAUAUCAAUUAGGUAAGCAACUCCAGUGUUGUGUUCUUAUCUGCAUGUCCACACCUUUCAUUUUGUGCUGUGGAAUAUCCAAUAAAAUGCCAAUGUGGAAUAUCCAGUAAUAUUGUUUAAGUCUCACUGAGCUCAGAACAACUUAACUGUAACAACUUUCAGAUUCAAUAACUUGAGUUAUUCUGGAGAAAGCUAAAGUCUAUUACAGCUAACCCCAAAAAAUUAUUUUUCGCAAAACAUCCAAGUAUAAAGACAAAAACCAUCCAUAUGCCAAUUAAUAUACAAUAAGGAUAAAAUCCUCAUUAAAUAUAAAAACUGCUGUCUCCUGGCUUUGACCUUUCAGCCUUCCUAGUAGCUCCUUUUUGCAAAAAUAUCACAUCAAACAACAUGCAGAAUCCAAUGAUUUCAUUUUCAUUACAGCAGCUGUUAAGACUUAAAAUCAUGAGCAAGUUGUUCAGAAUUCAUAUUCUGCCUUGCUCCUGUUCCUUCAGCACACCACAAAUGAAUUACAAUUUCUACUGGCUUCAUUCUGUGAAAUUUCAGAUUCUUAUUUACAAAAUAAAUGCAAUAGGGCUAUUGUGAUCCAGGGUUGUGCUUAAUACACCAGAAAAUGACCAGGUGGAUUUAAUGAAAAGGAUUGUGUUCACAUUGCAUAUUUUGUGUAGUUCCAUCCUCUGCAAUAACUACAGCGAUGGGGUGGCUUAAAUGUUUUUCCUUCUAUUAUCAGAUGGCCAGGAAGAUUUUGAAUUGGAGAAAUCUACCGAGCGAGGUAAAAGGGCAAAGCAGAGGGAUUAUCAAUAUGUGCAUCUCCCCACACCCCGACCUUUUCAAAGUGCAAACAGCUGCAUUGGACUGUGGAAAAGGCCCUGCAGGAAGCAGUUCAAGCCUUUCCUGGUGCCAUUUCCCUGACUGGAAUCCUGUCCGCUCUUUCCUCUGUCUUCCCUAGUUUGGUCCAAUGUUUUUCUUGUAGUUCUUGAUAUUUCUUCUCAUGCAAUGAGAUAAAUGUGUAUCAACAAUGUAAUGCAGUUUACUUUUUCCUCUGAAAAGCAGAUUUUGCCGUUCGUUGAGCAGGUGCUGGCUGCUUUGGACCAGACCUGAUCUUAUUAUUUCUGUUGCUAUUUUCAGGUGGGAUUCAGUUCCAUACUGGCAAAUUCCAGGUUGUGCCAUUGCAGUUGAUUGCAAUGUCUUACACAACAAGCCACUUCCCCAAAAUAUCAGACUUCUUGCAAAAAAGAAAGUGACAGAGAAAUGCAAUGUGACGUUUGAGAUAGCACUUGCUUGUAUGCAACACCCUCUAGUCUCCCCACAAACCAAUCAGAAUGAAUGCUCAUUAAAGAGCAAACAUUGUCUAAUCUCUCUGCAGACAAAUCAGGAUAAAUGUCCCAUAAGCAGGUCUUCUGCUGUAAGUGCUCUGAGAAUGUUAUUGGAUGUUGCUUGUGAUAUAUAUAUGAAGUACCUCAGGCCCACAUGUACCCUUGCUCUGCUUUGCCUAUGGAAGCCCCCUCUCUCAUACAUGGUUCAUAAACUGACUUCUGACCUGGUAAUUAGACCUGGGCAUUUAUCACAAUGAAUUAUUAUGACUUAUGUUUCCCUUACUUCCUGCGAUUCUCUGUCUUUUGUAUUUCAGAGAUGUCACAUUCCUUCCUUAACAAGCAUUCUGGCACAAUGAAAGACAAUAUGGUGCAUUCCCUGAUGAAAGCGAGAAGCUUACAGUUGCACAGGGAAGAGGUCAAGGAUCAGAAAAGGCCAUUCUCUGCUUCAGAUGAGGAGAUGCCUUCUAAAUCCCAGGAUCCACACUUCUGCAUAUGCCCAGCUGAUGGAGUUUGUGGGCCAGAAAUCCUUGAUUCCUUACUGUUGUUUCUGAACUGCAAAGGAUAUGAGAGCAGUUUCAAAAGCAUAUAUGACCUCUCAUUUUCCUUUCUUAGCACCCUAUUCCAUGGCUAUGCAAGCGAGGAAGAUCUGGUUGAUUAUUUUGUACUGGCAAGGGAAGCAGCCAAACGAGCAAGUCUGCCAAGGGCUUUGGCGCGACUCUGCUAUCUCCUGGGAAGAAUGAGUGUCCGGAAGUUCAAGCUUUCUCAAGCUCGGGUUUAUUUUGAAGAAGCUUUGGCAACAACACAGGGAGAUUUUAGUGACCUCUUCCUUAUAGCUUCUCUUUAUACAAAUCUAACUGGUAUCUACCUGAAACAAAAGAACAAGGAAAAGUGUGCUUGCUUUUUUGAAAAGGUUGCUUCUUUGCUUAUGGGAAUUCCCAGCUAUAUCAGCAGCACCAGAAUGGAAUCAGAUAUUCUGAAGUAUGCUUUAAAAAGGGCAGUGCUGAGUCAAAGCAAGUAUGCAGAAGCUAGAGCAUGCUUCCUGCUAGCAAAGCACUAUCUGAACUUUCGCCAGGGUGAAGAAGCCCUGCCAUUCCUAGAAAGGCUGCAGCUUCUGAGUAAUGCCUUGGGUUUACAAAAUGGCUCAUUGUCAGUUGAUUGCUAUUUUAAGCUAGGUCCACUCUACAGUGAGAAGUGUUUGCCCCACCUUGUGCUAAGCUGUGUUAAGGUCGCCUCUUCUUGCAGCUCAUGUACUUUGUUGGAGUUAUUCAGAAGCAUUGACUUAGUAUUUAAAAAUGCUCCCAAAGUCCAUUGUUUGAAAACUGUGGGACAAAGACAUCCCUCCCAGACUGCAUAUUAUCUCAGACAAGUACUCCACUUGCUAGAGACCAGCAAAGAACACCCAAAGUUGUGCAGCAUGGUUUGUUGCUAUCUAUCUCUACUAUAUAGCCACCACAAACAGUACGGAAAAGCAAUCAACUACAUGGAGAAGGCACUAGAUACAAAUUCACAUUCAAGCAGUGAAGAACUUAUUGGUCAUUUAGUUUUCCUCAGUUGGCUGUAUAUUCUCCACCAACAAAACACGGUGGCUCUGGACAUUUUAAAUGCUCUAGUAGAGUCUACACAGAGCAGUCAUCAGCAGUUAGGUAUUGUUUAUAACAUGAUUGCCAUUGUUUUAAAGAGAAUGGAUGAUACAAAGCAGGCAGCUGAAAGCUACUAUAAAGCCCUGAGCAUUUCAAGAGAGAUGGGAAUAGUACAUAAUCAGGCUGUGGCUUUGGCCAACCUUGGGAUUCUUUGUCUGCAUUCAGCUGCCAGAAGUCUUGGAGAGCGUUUCUUAAUUAAAGCAGUAACACUGUUUUCUGAACUGCCAAGUGUUGAGUGUGGCAGAGAUUUUAUAUACAUCCUUCUCAGGCUGGGAAGCUACUAUGUCAGUGGAAUUUAUAAAGAUAAAGGGAGAUGUUGUUUUGAAUGGGCAUUUUUGGUAGCAAUGGAAGCAAACCAUUUGGAAGGUACGUAUAUUAUCUUGCUUUCAAAACUGGGGUAACUUGUAUUUCAGGGCCACCGUUGCAGAUGCUAAGAUGAGAAGUUAUCUCUGCACAGUUGGUUCCCUUAUUUCCUUUGUAAACUCAUUUGCUACUCUUGAAUUAGCUUGUUCAUUCUUUGUCAUAAUUAUCCAUGGACUUCCCUGUGUCCCUUCCCUCAUCCUACUAGAAAAAGCUUCUCAGGACAGAGAUUGCUACCUCCAAAUUCUUCAUUUGUUAUAAUGAGCUGGAACCAGCAAUGGAUGUAAAUACUAGGGUGAGGUGAUAAAAACCGCCGCUUUCUAUCAAACCCCUAAUUAGGGAUGGGGAAAGAACCUUCAGAAGUUGGGAUUCCUAAGCCAACACCUGCUCCAAUCAAGGUGCAUUGUGACCUGGAUCAGAUCAUGAGUCCUUUUCAGAAUCUGCAGUCCUGUUGAUCUCUUUACGACAGAGACGGCCAAACUUGGCCCUCCAGCUGUUUUGGAACUACAGUUCCCAUUAUCCCUGACCACUGGUCCUGUUAGCUAGGGAUGAUGGGAGUUGUAGUCCCAAAACAGCUGGAGGGACUAGUUUGGCCAUCACUGCUUUACAAGGUAUGUGAGGGCUGCAGCGCUGCCUCCAUCUGGUAAAAAAAAUGUAUUUCCUUUUUAACAAUUUGGUUAUCUAGCCACCCACAGCCUUGAGUGGGGCAGGUGUGUGUGUGUGUGUGUGUGUGUGUGUGUGUGUGUGUUUUGUUUGUUUGUUGCCAUAAACACUGGAAGCGGCCAUUUUUUUCUGUACAAUUCCCUUUGGGAGUGACAGAAUGACAGCUUGCCCAUGUAUGUGUUGGCCACUUCAGCUGGAUGACCAAGAUUCUUGGAAUGAAAGUAAUUAUAGAUCAGUGGAUAAAAAAUGCAGCAUUUUUUUAUUUGUCUAAUUCAUCAGUCUCAAUAAGCCAGGGAGUUCUUUUGUAUGAAGCAUGAGUUCAGCCUAUUAGAAAUUACUCUGAGCCUUCAGGAAGUCAUGGGCAAUCCAAGCCCUAUCUCUAUGCAGUGACCUUACAAUAGCAGCGUGGUCCCUUGGAACCAGCAUGUUCCAUUAAAUCAUUUGUUCCCUUUUCUUUAUAGGGCAGCUCCAGGCCGUUCAGCAUCUGUGUCAGUUCUACAGUACGGUUCUUCCAGAUGAAGCUCUGUGUGUCGUCUACAAUGAGUAUCUACUCUCCUUAGUUAGGAAAAUAUCUGACAAAGUCAUGGAGGGACAGAUAUUGGAAACAAUCAGUCAGCUGUAUCUAUCUUUAGGCACAGAAAGGUAAGAAGAGGCAGUUGGGGAAGCUGAUUUGUCUCAAACUGAAAGCUUUUUAGUUACAUUGCUAGUUUUAUGCCAAUGAGCCAGACCCAAAGGUGCCCUUCCGCAUGCAAAAGCCACCUUCCGCUCGUGGGAAAGCUGCUUUGCACCUCAUGCUAGAGCUUUAUGCAAGAAAAUGGAAACUAAUGCAAAGAGCUUCUGUUUGACCUAGAACAGCCUUCACCAGCCUGGCACUGUCCAGAGCUUUUGGACUACAACAGUUUUUGGACUACAAUUAGCAGGGGCUAAAAGGAGUUGCAAUUCCAAACCUCUGGAGGUCAGCAGGUGGAUCUGCCCUAGAGCUUCUGCAGCCUCUUUCUCAAGUGGAUAUGUAACAGCAGCAACAGACUAUCUGUUAGCCCUGUAAAGCUGUUGCACAGAGUGCUUGGAUGUUUUAUUUUUUGUCUCUUAGUUUUUUGUAGCUUACCCAUUUUAUUUCAUAUUAUUUUGAUGCUCUUAGCUGCAGCAGCACUGAGGUGCAGAGAGGCAGCAACUAAAGAUGCCGGUGCAGCCCUGCCACGGGGCCACAUUUGGAAAAGAACUUCAGUGCCCUGUUAAGUCAGACUCAAAGGAGAGGCAAGCGCUACAGGGGCCUGAAUCUAGCUUGGAUAGAAACUGGAGUCAGAAAACAAUUGCUGCCUGCCAGUAUGCCAGGCGUUGCUGAACUGCAGCUUCCAUGACUUGUGUAGCAAGCACCAUUUCUUCUGUUAUUCUGUUUUGGGAAAUGGUAUGCCAUUGAUAAGAAGCAAAUCCUGCUUCUCAUGCCAGAAAAUGGAAUAAUCAGGGUAGAGAGCAUGUUUAGGUCUGCAGUCUGUCUCUUAAAUAAGUGAAUGGCUGCCACGUGGGGGACCACAUGCACUCAGACACAACAUUGCCACAAGGACAAGCCCCAUUCAUCACUGCUCCUGGUGGAUGGCUUGACCACUACGGACAGGAAGUCAUAAGGGAAACUUGCGCAAUUGCUUAGCCUUCCCUCCAUGCACACAGCCAUCCUCAGGGCUGGCCCAGGAUGUUUUGGAAGAGAAAAUGGCACACACACACACACACACACACACAGCCACCACUUUCCUAGUCUAAUGAUUGAUAAAUAGCCACCUGAUAUUUCAUCUUAAGCUUCAAGUAAAUUAUUAGUUGAAAUGUGUUUUUGUUUUAUUUGCACCAUGAACCGACAGUAUUAAAGCAACCAGUGGAUAUAUUAUGAUGGUCCGCGGUGACUUUGACAAUAAUAGUAUGUGGUAGCUGGAAGAAGCUUCCUUGAAAACAAAGUGGCAAACCGUGUUAGUGGGGGCAGCUGUUUCCUUUCCUUACUCUGAGUGAUUUCCUUUAGGGCAUACAGAUCUGCCCUGGAGUACACUAAAAGAAGCCUUGGGAUAUUCAUUGAUCUUCAAGCAAAAGAGAGAGAGGCACAGGCUUGGCUUCAGGCAGGAAAGAUAUAUUACAAAUUGAGGCAGAACGAGCUUGUAGAUCUUUAUAUCCAGGUAAGAUGAAUGAUGCCUUGGGAAUUGAAGCUGUGAUGGGAUGCAAGGAGGAUGCAAGGAUAGCUGGGUUAAGAAGAGAUUGCAUAGGUUAAAAAUACAGUUUAAUGUCAUCUUUGUCUUCUGUUAUUUUACCUCAGUGAUAGAACAACUGUCUAACUCAAUCUGGAGCAUAUAAAUUAGGAACAUGUUAAUCUGAUUAGAAAGCAAAGGGAGAGAACAAGUGAUGCCACAUACAUGGGCCAUGAGUGAUCUGCAAAGAGACGUCGUCAUACUGAGAUAUUUGCAAGCUUUUGAAAUGCUAUGUAUGUUUGAGCCUUAGUCCAAGUGGGUGGAUGUGCAGCUGUUUUAAAAGGUAUCUUCGCAUCCUCCCAUAAACAAGAGGCAAGUUCUGUGAGAUCACCUGUAAAAGUAUUGGAUAACAGAACAGAGGAAAUUGAAGUUUUGGAAGGGGACUCUGGUGUUCAGGUGGGCCUCAGUGACAAGGGGCUCAUCCACACUUUCUCUUGCCCUGCCACUUUCCCUCGGGGAAACCUGAUGUUUGCCACUGAACUGGAGCAAAUGUCACUUGGGUUUUAUCCAGAUUGACGCUUGUUCCAACUGAGUGCCAAAGAGUGUGUUUCCUGGAGUAAAAUGGCAGGACAAAGGCAGAAGUGCUUGGGCCCUUGUUUCCUAGGCAUGCGAUGAGCAGAACUGUGGACAAGACAAGAGUUACUGGCAUCACCUCCAAUUUGCUAGAGCAGGAGCAGCUGGUGUGGCCAGGUGGUGCCUUGGAUACUGGCAUUGCUGCCACUUACUUGGGCAGGCCAGGGCAGGAUGGCAGCAAGGUUAGGCCUGCAUGGGCGCACCAGACCCAAUCCGGUGCUCAUACUGCUCUGCCCUGACCCCAUCCAGGCAAACAGCAAUGAUGCCGCUGUUGGGCACUGUCCCACCACAGCGACUGCUCCUGCUUUAUAGCCUGUUCAUGAUACGUCACAAAAGAAAGGCUGCAUUGAAAUACUUGUGGAAUUAUGUACUACAGGAGUAGCCAGUGUGACACCCUCCAGAUGCAUCGGUCCUGGCUACAGGCCAUUCUGGCUGGGCUGAUCCUCUCUACCCAGUGUAGUGCUUCUGUUUGAAACAGUCACUAUUGUUGCUUUAGAGGUCCAAAAUUAUGAAAUCUCUCUCUCCUCCCUCCUCUCUCUAGGUUGCCCAAAAUGCUGCUCUGUGUACUCGUGAUCCUAAUUUGCAAAUGGAAUUGUUUGAAGCUUCAGGAGACAUAUUUUUUAAUGGAGAAUGGGAAAAGGAAAAAGCAGUGCCUUUCUACAGGGUUGGUUUUCUGUUCUCAAUCUUUCUAACUCUGCUCCUGGUCAGAGGGACGAGGCUGCGGUUGUGACCCAUAUGAGAUAAUGCUGUGUGAUAUGUGAUAUUGCUUUGUGAAAACACAUUUUCCAGUAACUCUUUAAACAGUUUUUGGUGUGUUUUUUGUACUCCUUUUAGGACAAGGCUCUACCACUUGCUAUUAAGAUGAAGAACAGCAACGCUGAGCUUCGACUCUUCAACAAACUGGUGGGAUUGCUGUUAACUCUAAAGGUGUACGAUGAAUGUCUGGGGUAUGCACAAACAGCAUUAAUGCUCAGUGUCAAUUUAGGUAAGGAGAAUAUAUGGAAAACUGUAUAGAAGUCUUUUAAAAGUCACUUGGGGCCUAUUCAGACAUACAUAUACACCGCUGCAUUCCGCAUUGCUUAAAAAUUGACAAUUCAACAAUGUAUGAACUAGCUGUUGAAAAGCAUGUUGAAGGGGUACUAAUCUUCUAUUUGUGGAUGAUGACCCAUUUAGAGACUGCCUUUCCCCCAUAUGAGUCCACCCAUCAGCUGAGGUCAUCUUUGAGGACUGUAAUUCAUGUUCUGUAAGCUCAUGACAUUUGGAGCAUUUGCAGCAAGCAGUAAGGCCUUCUCUGCAGCUGCCAUGAUGUCAUGGAAGGAUUUCCAGAAGGAAAGUGUGCACUUCUUCCUCCUGAACUCUAGGAGUCAGACAUUUUUGUGGUGGUCCGGCUGUUAUACCACUGCUGGUUGUUGUUUCUGUGAUAGGCUUUCAACUAAUUGUGCUUCUAAAUUUGUUGUAUGCUACCUUGAAGUUAAUGGGCAUUAUCCAGCAAAGUAGUUUCAUGCAAGGAUUUCUGUGCAUGCAACAAAACUUCAUCUCCCCAGAUCUGCUCUAGAGGGUUGAGGGAAAAUCCAGAAAAGAUUUGGAGGCAUGUGAGAGACAGGGAGGGGAAGCUGUGUUGUGCCACCAGAAGUCAUUGCGCUAAUGGAUCUACUUGGUUGGUUUACCACCCAAUUACAAUAGGUCAGUUGGAAUAUUUGUUGUUGUUUAGUCGUUUAGUCGUGACCCCAUGGACCAGAGCACGCCAGGCACUCCUGUCUUCCACUGCCUCCUGCAGUUUGGUCAAACUCAUGUUAGCAGCUUCGAGAACACUGUCCAUCUUUCCCAACAUCAGGGUCUUUUCCAGGGAGUUUUCUCUUCUCAUGAGGUGGCCAGAGUCCUGGAGCCUCAGCUUCAGGAUCUGUCCUUCCAGUGAGCACUCAGGGCUGAUUUCCUUAAGGAUGGAGAGGUUUGAUCUUCUUGCAGUCUAUGGGACUCAGCAUAUGAAAGUUGGAAUAUAUUAAAUUCAAAACAUGCAAAUCAAUAAACGAGGUUGCAUAUUCAUCACUUUGUGACUGCAUGUGUAAACCAGCCCUUAUAUUUCUCUGAAAGGUUUCUAUGUCCCAUGCUGUGAACACAAUCUGUGUGCUAUCUUUAUUCCUUUACACUAGAACAGAUGUUCCUCCUCUUGCUACAACAGGGUUAAAGAACUUGAGGUCUACAAGGAAAACUGAGCAAUCCUCAAGUGACCUUGUGCUUUUAAUUUAGUGUUUACCCAGUUUUGCAUAGUUGGAUAUUAAUCUUUAGCUACAAUGUUUGUGGACUACCCUAUAACAGAAUAUGCACCUCAGCUGGGCUGCUCCGUGCAAGGAGCAAGGGAGCAGGAAAGUGGGUGGGGGAGAGAAUAUUGAGGGGCUGUUCCCCCAGAAUAAAAUAAUUGGAGGGGCCCAAGGGACCCCGGCCCCGUUGGUUCCUAUGGAUAUGACUCUUGCCCUUUUAAUGGCUGGAAUGGAGCUGGCUGCACAUUCAGAGCUGUCUGUACACACAUGCAUGUCUCCAUCUAGCCAAGCAAGACACAUUAACAGAAUCCAAGGACACGUUGCAGACAGGAAUGGGAACGCCCAUAGGCAGGGCCAGUGAGGGGUCUGGCCUGGGGGGAGUUGGGAGGCAUCAUUUGGCCCCCAAACUUCAGGUUCCCAAUCCUUGUUUUGGGGCCGUCUCAGGCUGUUAUUGUAUUUAUAAAGGAGAAAGAUAUUGCUUGCCUCAUUUCAAAGGGGCUUCAUGUAGCAAGUGGAAUUAGCCCAGGAAGCAAGAAUGACCUUCUCUUUUGAUUCCCAGUAGCAGUUUCCAUCUUGGGAUUACGUGUGUCUUUUAAUCAAACUAGUAGUGAAAGGGGAACUUAUAGUGUACAACUGUACAAGGAACACAUGCCUAUAUGUGAUAUUGGUGCAUCUCUCUCUUAGUGUGCACAGCUGGACAGAUUAAAAAGAUUCCCUUCUUCUGUCCUAAAUGCACCCAAAAGGGGGCAAACAGAUGGUGCAGGAUUACUUCACAAAUGCAGACUUUGAACCCUGCAAGGGGAAAAGAUGUAUGUACUGGUGGCUGGGGAAAGCUGAAAAUGGUUAGCAGGAAAAUAGUUAACCAGCCUCUUCUCAUCUAAGACUCAAAACACUCUUUUAUGAAGAUGACAGAGAAGGGAUCAACAGGCCACAGUUUGACCUUGGAUGUUUGAAUGCCAGUCCACUGAAAAAUUUGUGUGGUAAUACGAUAUUUAAGUUCUACCUGUAAUGGCCCCUUCACACAUGCACAUGUGGAGCAUGUAUGUGUGAAUCUGACCCAAGUCAUUCAUCGAUGUAUACAGUGCUGUGCUUGUUUGUUUUAACUCCUCUUUCGAUUUCCACACUGUACUGAUUCUUUUGCUUACCUCAUUAGGGAAUCUGUUAAAUGAAAGGAUAGCCUAUCACCGGCUGGCUGUUAUCUACCAUCAUCUAGGGCAAGUUGAACUCACUGAGCACUUCUUCUUAAAAGCCUUGUCUCUCUGCUCCUCACCUCUUGAGUUUGAUGAGGAAGCCCUAUACUAUGUAAAAGUGUACCUUGUUCUUGGAGACAUUACAUUCUAUGACUUAAAGGUGAGACACUUGGAUGGAAUUGAUAUAUGAAUAUGGAAAAUAUUUUUGCAUGCUCUGGAUUAAGUAACAGGACCGAGAUUAUACAGCCUUGCCAUGACUAGGUGGGUUGGAUUCCAGUAUUCCAAGUCAAAAAUGUCUUACGAGGUGCUGCCUUAGUAAUGGUUUGUCAGUUUGCUUGCUGGUGUGAAAUGAAUUGGACUAUUUAAUUCCCUGUUCAGAUGAUUGGUGGGUGAAAGGUUAGUGUACGCUCCCACCGCUGGCUUCUGUUUCUGUCUUCCAAACAUUUGUCACUUUUUUUCAAGACCUUGGGCAUAUUGAUUGAGUCCCACGAGGAAGCUUCUGGAACAAAGUGGGCAAGUUGUACCUUUCAGUCCAAUGAUGUUCUGCCCCAAGUUCAAAUUUGUAGAAACACAUUUUAAAAAGGGAAACAAGCAGUUUGGGGAUUUUGUUUGUAGCCACUUUGUUUUGGUUGUUGAGGAUUGGGGUGCUGUCUUGCUCUCAAAGAUGAUGAAUCGGGAUGAGAGAGGAGAGUGGGGUGGCCUUGGUUUUAGUCAUAUUGCUGGGUUUUGCUUAAGAUAAAAGACAAUGUUUUCAUAAUGUUGAGUUUCUGAGCUGUUCCAUAAUUUUAUGGAGCAGAUCAGAUUCAACACCAAGUAUGACUUAGUCAGAUACCGCCCUGUCACUAAAUACAGCAGGAAAUAUAACAGGGAGAGGCAUGAAGUUUAAAGUGUCUGAAAGUCUUUGUGUCCACUAGGGCAUCAGUGUGUGCAUGGGUUGCAGUUUCUGUGUGCACGUUCAUGUGCCUUUAUGACCACAUGAAUGUAGUCAUUUUUAUGGCUCCAAAAUCUAUUUUGAUUCUGAGGUCCAUUGUGGGCAUGAACCUGGGUAUUUGUUUACCUGUUCUGGAGAACCUUUAGAAAAAUACUAUAUUGCUUCCUUUAUUGGAAAAAAUCCAAAUUUAGUGAGAUAAAGUACAGGCUGCUACUUGGAUGACGAGGCCAUAGGCACAACAAAAUAGGCACAACAACUCACCCUCUAUGAAUUGGAGUGACUAGAGUUAUAAAUGGCAAAAAUAAUUGUCACACUUCGCAACAAGUAGCAAUUUUGCUGCCUGCAAGGUGUGAUGGUUAUUCUUAGGUAUUAUUUAGAAUAUUUGUAAAUGGUUGUUUGUAUGAGGCUCAUAUCUUGCUGCCCUGUUUCAGGACCCUUUUGAUGCUGCUGGAUACUAUAACUUGGCCCUUGCAGCUGCCAUGGACUUGGGCAACAAAAAGGCUCAACUGAAGAUUUACACAAGACUUGCGAUAAUUUACCACAACUUCCUGGUGGACCGAGAGAAGUCUCUCUACUUCUACCAAAAGGCAAGAGCCUUUGCCACAGAGCUUAAUAUUCGCAGAAUAAAUCUAGCCCCCGAUCAACGUCUGAGGGCAUCGAGGGAACCGUUGAAAAAUGCCAAGUGAGGACGUGGCAUGAGGGGACUUUGUGCUGAGGAGAUUUUGAUUCUCUCUUAGCAAAUUGUAACAUUCCUUGUGAAAUGGUACACGGUGCAUAGGGCUCCUGACCUGAAUGCCGGUACUUUAGCUCCUGCUCUUGCAUACAGAAAUGUGUUUGCAAAUGUGUCUUCUGUCCCCAAAUGAGCAGCUGUAUGGGCUCCAGUGAAACGAGAGCAAAAGGUUACUGGAGAGCUUUGGCAACAAUCCAGCUUACAAGCAGAUUUUGGACCGAAUUGUUCACAUACUCACUGUUGGAAACAGAGGAAUCUUAAAAUACGAUUAACUGAAAUAAUAAAUAUACUGGCUGACUCCAUCUGUAAUUAAUUACUAUGAAUGUUCUGGGAUGUGAUUGUGAAAUAUUUGUUUCCAAAUGGGGCUCAGGAAUAAAAAGUUGUAAUAUAUCCC